GACACACGCGCGUGCCGGUUCUGACAGGACUGUUUUCGGCUCAUGGCAACAGAACUGUGCUUUUCUCAUACUACUUGGUGGCAUUUCACGUCCCACACAAGUAAACAGUGAACAAGCGGUUUCCACUUCUCUCAUGACAAACCGCUUUCUCCCGCAGCUCCAGCUCACUCUGUGCGGGAGGGCGGUCCAUGAUGAGGAGCCUGCUAGCAGCCUUCGAGCAGGCUAUCGUUAGCUAUGCGGAGCUAGCUUGCUACCAAACUGUUGGGGUUAUUUUCGGGACAGCACGAUGCAGAACACCAUGAAGCAUUACAGACUUAUUCCACCGCAGCACAUCGGCAAGAUCACUGGGAGCUAGCGGGCGUCUUGUCCUCCCCCAACAUCGGGUCCGACCCCUCGGCGUCAUUGUUUGGAUGGACUAACGCGAGGAGACUUCAGCUAGCAGCUGCUAACUGGUAGACUAGCUUCGCGGCUAACCGGCUGGCUAUCUGACACAGUUGGUUGACAUUGCACAUGUGAUAAUUAGUGGACUCUGAAAAUAGCGGAUUUGUUGGCACGACCAUGCCUCCAAGGCCUUCCUCGGGAGAACUAUGGGGGAUGCACUUGAUGCCCCCCAGCAUCCUAGUGGACUGCCUUCUGCCAAAUGGCAUGAUUCUCACGUUGGAGUGUCUCCGGGAGGCCACGCUGAUUACAGUCAAGCAUGAGCUUUUCAAAGAGGCCAGGAAGUACCCUCUUUACCAUCUGCUGCAGGAGGAGAGCUCCUACAUCUUUGUCAGUGUCACCCAAGAGGCAGAGCGGGAGGAGUUUUACGAUGAGACCAGGAGGUUGUGCGAUCUUAGGCUCUUCCAGGCCUUCCUCAAAGUCAUUGAGCCAGUAGGCAACAGAGAAGAGAAAAUUCUCAACAGAGAGAUAGGUUUUGCCAUCGGAAUGCCUAUAUGUGAGUUUGAUUUGGUGAAAGACUCAGAAGUGCAGGACUUCAGAAGGAACAUUUUAAAUGUUUGCAAAGAGGCUGUGGACCUUAGAGACAGUAACGGACCCCACAGCAAAGCUUUGUACGUGUAUCCUCCCAAUGUAGAAUCUUCUGCAGAACUUCCCAGGCACUACUAUAACAAGCUAGAUAAAGGGCAAAUCAUUGUGGUAAUAUGGGUCAUUGUGUCACCCAGCAAUGAUAAGCAGAAGUAUACCCUUAAGAUCAACCAUGACUAUGUGCCAGAGCAGGUGAUUGCUGAAGCCAUCCGUAAGAAGACACGUAGCAUGCUGCUCUCCCAAGAGCAGUUAAAGAUGUGUGUGCAGGAGUAUCAGGGAAAGUACAUCCUCAAAGUCUGUGGCUGUGACGAGUACUUACUGGAGAAAUACCCUCUGAGUCAGUACAAGUAUGUGCGCAGCUGUAUCAUGUUGGGACGGAUGCCCAACUUGAUGCUAAUGGCAAAAGACAGCCUGUAUUCCCAGCUGCCCAUCGACAACUUCACCAUGCCGUCAUAUGCAAGGCGAAUAUCCACAGCAACGCCCUACAUGAAUGGGGAAACAGCCACCAAGUCUCUCUGGACUAUCAACGGAACGCUGAGGAUCAGGAUACUGUGCGCCACUUACGUCAAUGUCAACAUCAGAGACAUUGACAAGAUCUACGUCAGGACUGGGAUAUACCACGGUGGAGAGCAGUUGUGUGACAAUGUCAACACCCAGCGCGUGCCCUGCUCCAACCCCAGGUGGAACGAGUGGCUGAACUACGACAUGUACAUUCCAGACAUCCCCCGUGCUGCCCGACUCUGCCUCUCUAUCUGCUCUGUGAAAGGAAGGAAGGGAGCUAAAGAGGAGCACUGUCCUCUCGCCUGGGGAAACAUUAACCUGUUUGACUACACCCACACAUUAGUAGCAGGGAAGAUGGCACUCAACCUCUGGCCUGUCCCACACGGCCUAGAAGACCUGCUCAACCCUAUUGGUGUAACCGGCUCCAACCCAAACAAGGAAACCCCUUGUCUGGAGCUGGAGUUUGACCAUUUCAGUUGCCCUGUCAAGUACCCUGAAAUGACCAUCAUUGAGGACCAUGCAAACUGGAAUAUCUCCAGAGAGCUUGGCUUUAAUUACUGCCACACCGGUUUGAGUAACAGACUGGCGCGUGACAACCCCCUGACCGACACUGACAAUGAGCAGCUACGACAGGUGUGUAACAGAGAUCCGCUGUCUGAAAUCACUGAGCAGGAAAAAGACUUUCUAUGGAGACACAGACAAGACUGCGUCAACAUGCCAGAGAUCCUUCCCAAGAUCCUCUUGGCUGUGAAAUGGAACUCAAGAGAUGAGAUCGCUCAGAUGUAUUGCCUCCUGAAGGACUGGCCUGCUAUCAAGCCAGAGCAAGCCAUGGAGUUGCUUGAUUGCAACUUCCCUGAUCCUAUGAUCAGAGAGUUUGCUGUAAAGUGCCUUGAGAAAUACUUAACUGAUGACAAACUCUCACAGUACCUCAUUCAACUGGUUCAGGUUCUAAAGUAUGAGCAGUACCUUGAUAACCCACUGGCACGCUUCUUGCUGAAAAAGGCAUUAACCAAUCAGAGGAUAGGACAUUUCUUCUUUUGGCAUUUAAAGUCAGAGAUGCACAACAAGACAGUGAGCCAGCGGUUUGGGCUACUGUUGGAGUCCUACUGCCGGGCGUGUGGCAUGUAUCUGAAGCACCUGAGCAGACAGGUGGAGGCCAUGGAGAAACUCAUCAAUCUCACUGACCUCCUCAAACAGGAGAAAAAAGAUGAGGCACAGAAGGUGCAAAUGAAGUUUUUGGUGGAGCAGAUGAGAAGGCCUGACUACAUGGACGCCCUGCAGAACUUCACCUCCCCACUGAAUCCAGCACAUCAGCUGGGAAACCUCCGCCUAGAGGAAUGCAGGAUGAUGUCAUCAGCCAAGCGACCGCUAUGGCUUAACUGGGAAAACCCAGAUAUGAUGUCAGAGCUGCUCUUUCAGAACAACGAAAUCAUCUUCAAAAAUGGAGAUGAUCUGAGGCAGGACAUGCUGACGCUGCAGAUCAUUAGGAUAAUGGAGAACAUCUGGCAGAACCAAGGCCUUGAUCUCAGGAUGCUGCCGUAUGGUUGUCUGUCAAUCGGUGACUGCGUGGGUUUGAUCGAGGUGGUGAGGAACUCUCACACCAUCAUGCAGAUCCAGUGUAAAGGAGGCCUAAAGGGGGCACUGCAGUUCAACAGCCACACACUGCAUCAGUGGCUGAAGGAUAAGAACAAGGGAGAAAUGUAUGACCAGGCCAUAGAUCUGUUCACGCGGUCGUGUGCAGGCUACUGUGUAGCCACGUUUAUCCUGGGCAUCGGGGACAGACACAAUAGCAACAUCAUGGUCAAAGAUGACGGACAGCUGUUCCACAUAGACUUUGGCCAUUUCCUGGACCACAAAAAGAAGAAGUUUGGGUAUAAGAGAGAACGCGUGCCCUUUGUGCUCACACAGGACUUCUUGAUUGUUAUUAGCAAAGGAACUCAAGAGUGCACUAAAACAAGGGAGUUUGAAAGGUUCCAGGAGAUGUGUUACAAGGCGUACCUGGCAAUCCGGCAGCACGCCAACCUCUUCAUCAACCUUUUCUCCAUGAUGCUGGGCUCAGGGAUGCCCGAGCUGCAGUCGUUUGACGACAUCGCUUACAUCAGAAAGACCCUGGCGUUGGACAAGACGGAGCAGGAGGCCCUGGACUACUUCAUGAAGCAGAUGAACGACGCUCACCAUGGCGGCUGGACUACCAAGAUGGACUGGAUCUUCCACACAAUCCGCCAGCAUGCCAUGAACUGAAAUGAUGACUAAUACAAGAGGAGUAAAAAGGACACUAAGAACCAAAAGAAUAUUGAGAAGCGAGCAAGGCAUUUACCCAAACACACUAAGGCCUGGUAAUACUUCUGCCAGCGUGGGACUCUGAAACAUUACCUGCCAGAGCACCACUAAAUAAGGGUGCUUAGAACGGCCUAUUUCAGGGACAUAAUGCCUAAAAUGCUCCUGUUUCUACAGGUUUCUACUUUUUUUUUCCCCUUCUUCCCUGCACUAUGAACUUCAGAUGACAUCAUAUUCCAUCAGUCUUCUUCAUAGGAACUAAGCAAGUGUCAUGGACCUCAACAACGUUUGCCUUCUUUUGUGUGAACAAACUAUCUACUAUACUACUAGAUUUUUAUUUUUUUUUGUAUUUCUUUCAGUACAUCUACAAUUAUCAGCAUUAAGAAAGCAACAUCAUGAGCACAGACUGUUUUUGUAAAGAUGAACUCACGCAUUCUUUUCCACUACCUAUUUUAAACUGAUGAAGGCGGGGAAGAUAUCGGCGCUCGCUGAGACGGAAGGAAUGACAAGAAGCCUGGCGGCUGACCACAAAAUCAUGAUUACCCCUUACAAUCAUAAAAAACUACCACCAAUAAUUGCAGAACAGAUAGGGGACAUGUUGUUAAACACAUAGCAUUUAACACUUAACGCUAACAACUUAUUUGUAGCCUACAGACGACGUGUCCGAUAACUGACUUUUGUACAGCAGUGUAUCCAUAGACUUGUAUGCAUUCAGUGCAAUUAUUCCUUUUUCAGUCAAUUUUCUACUGAGCCAAAGUACUAGAUGUGUAAUUUGAAAGUCUUAUUGUUUAAAAAAAAAAAAAAAAAAAAAAAAAAA